AUGCUUGAAGACAAUCCAAUGUUGGCGAUAAAUGUUAAAUUGUGGAAAUAUUUCGCUGUCAUAUUUCCGGGUCGUGACAAUCAAUGGCGUGUGUAUGUAUUUGUGUUGCCCAUUUGCGUAAUGAAUGUGAUGCAAUUUGUCUAUUUGUUUCGAAUGUGGGGAGACUUGGCUCCAUUUAUAUUGAAUACAUUUUUUGCGGCCGCCAUAUUUGAUGCUCUACUGCGGACGUGCCUUGUCAUUAUCAAUCGGGAUAAAUUUGAGGCAUUCAUUUUGGAAUUGGUGUCCAUGUAUAAAGAAAUUGAACUAAGUAAUGAUGCUUAUGCCAACGCAAUUUUGAAAGACGCAAUCAUUUCAGCCAGGAAGGUAUCAAUUUUCAAUUUAACAGCAUCCUUUUUCGAUAUUGUAGGGGCUUUAAUAUACCCUUUGUUGUGUGACGGAAGAGUUCAUCCCUUUGGCGUUGCUUUACCGGGUGUUGAUAUGACAGCAUCUCCAAUCUAUGAAAUUUUCUAUAUCAUACAAUUUCCAACACCUGUGAUUUUGACGGCCAUGUAUAUGCCCUUUGUUAGUUUAUUUGCUUCAUUUGCCAUGUUUGGUAAAAUAGCAUUAAUGAUAUUGCAACAUAAACUUGAAGGAAUAUGUGAGGAUGGCAGGACUGAAGAGCAACAAUAUAUUGCUUUAAAAGCUUGUAUUAAAUAUUAUAAUCGUCUAGUGAGUUACAUUAAAAAUUUCAAUUCUUUGGUCACAUAUAUUGUCUUUGUUGAGUUUAUGCUGUUUGGAGCCAUAAUUUGUUCUCUGUUAUUUUGCAUGAAUAUUAUAGAAACAUAUACUCAAAUUAUAUCAAUUAUAAUGUACAUAUUGACAAUGAUGUAUGUUCUGUUCACCUACUAUUGGCAUGCAAAUGAAAUGUUAAUUGAGAGCAUCAAAGUGUCGGAGGCAGCUUAUUCUAUACCCUGGUAUUGUUGUAGCAAACGUUUUCGUAAAACAUUAUUGUUGUUCAUAAUUAGAACACAGAAGCCUUUACAGAUAAUGGUCGGCAACAUUUAUCCCAUGACUUUGGCUACAUUUCAAUCUUUACUUAAUACAUCUUACACAUAUUUCACCAUGUUGCGGGGUUUGUACAAUCAAUAA